UAUCAUCUCCUAUUUUCACGUCGUCGUCGUCGGUGGAACCACUGGAACCGCGGAUUGCGUUACAAAUUACAAUUGAAGGCAGCCUCUUCGCGGUUCGCAUUUCACACGGUACUGCCGUUAACGUCAACAAUUAUUAUUAUUAUUAUUAUUAUUUAUUAAUGAUCAGAGGUAGUAGGUACUCGAUCGUUGUCCACUAUUAACUAUUGUAAUUUAUAAUCUGGUAAGUCGAUUAUAACACCAUUAUUGUGUUAUAAUUAUUUUUCGUUUCACGCUUUCUGGUGAACAUUGAACCUUCCGAAUGACAGGUCACGUUUUUUGAUGGCUCCGUGCCGUCACUGGUAAAAAUACCGUUCAUGAAGUGACAAUCGAAUUUCCGGUCAUGGAGGAGCUUGCGUGCGUCCGGUGCAUGAGCUCCAAGUUCCGGAACCCGAACCUCGUGUUCAGCUUCAACGUAUGCGGGCAUACCAUGUGUGCAAAUUGCAUAGAAGUGGCGUUCAUGAAAGGUUCUGGUCCCUGCCCUAAAUGUCUCAUUCCUCUACGACGUAAUGGUUUUAAACUUCAGCAGUUUGAAGACGCUUCAGUUGACGUGGAAGUAGAAACACGUAAAAGAAUAUUGCAAGAUUUCAACAAAACUGAAGAUGAUUUUGAAUCUUUAGAUGAUUAUAAUGAUUAUUUAAUAGAAAUUGAAGAUAUUAUUUACAAUCUAGUUAGAAAUAUUAAUGUAGUUGAAACAAAGGAACGUAUUGAUCAAUAUAAAAGAGAAAAUAAAGAAAUAAUUAUGAGGAACAGAAUGAAGUCAAAGCGUGAAGAACAAGCCUUAGAUGAUUUAAUUGAAGAAGAAAAGAUGCAUACUCAGUAUAAAAGAGAUGAAGUUUUAAGAGAUGAAGCUGAACAAAGAACUAAAAAACUUAGAGUAGAUUCUGAAUUGAUUGAUAGUUUAGCACGUUCUAAUUCUGAUGCUAGAGACAUUGUUAACACAUAUACACAUAAAAAAGAAGAAAUUCCUGUCCCUAAACCAAAACCUAUUUCUAAACCUAUAAACUUCACAAAGUUUUCAACUGGCGUCAAAUUCAAUCAGUCUUCUAUAGCAAUCUCAAUAAAAGAAGGUCCAUUAUUCAAAUAUGAGCCAGUUUCUCAUCAACUUAAUGGUCCUUCCUGUCCAGAUAUUACACAAUUAGAUUCAUUAGGAUAUAUGAAAUACAUCAGAAGAGAAAGUUCUCAAGAACUUGCUGGUGGAUUUUUAAUAAAAACAUCCUGCUUGCAUUAUGUACAAGAAUGUGUUUCAGCAUUGUAUGAAAGAAAGACUGGUAAAGUAUAAUAAAUUAAUUUCAAUUCCAAAUAUGUGUUCAUUACCAAAGCUAUACAGUUGUAUUAAUUAAUUUAUAUGUUAAGUUACUUAGUAUUUUAAGACCUUAUUUAUAUGUAUAUAUUUUAUUUUUAAUGUCAAUGUACCUUUAUACAAAUUACAAAUAUAUAUUUUUUUAUGUGUACAUUUGUCUGAGUUAAUAUUUGUAAUUAUUUUUUUAGUACCCACUUAUUUAAUAUGUUACCUACUAACUGUAUGUUUUGAUUCAUCUUAAUAAUUUGUCUUUAUAUUUGUUUAUACAACAUCGGGUGAUUUGAAUAAAAUUUAGUUUAAUUUUUAUUUAUUUAAGA